CGAGCAUCAACCCCAAAUUGCUUUAGCUUGUUUAGCAAGUUGCUGCGACUAGUUACCAUACAGUAUGAAGUACGAUAAACUUAAAGCCUUCCGGACCGAAAACGUGACAACAUUCGCCUGUAAGGAUUAUUAAAGAGGUUGCAGUGAUGGGUCCAGACACUACACCUGUCCCUAAAACAGAAUCUUCAGAGGAAAGUCCAGGAGAAGUUGUGGUGAAGAUAGUCUCAGAGUCAGAUUCCAAUGAUGCUUCAACUGCUGCAGAAUUUGAGAACUCCAUACAAUCAGAAAGCAACAUAUCAGACAAGUGCUACCCGUGCUCCCUCUGUGGCAAGGCAUUUGACAGACCAUCAAAGCUAGAGAGGCAUAAACCUGUGCAUAUGAGGAAACCCAAGACUAUUCAUCAGUGUAAGCAUUGUGAUAAGAUCUUCACACAAGAAGAGAAGCUGAUCCGACACCAGAAUUGCCACAGUAGGACUAACCAGCACCCCUGCCCUGACUGUGGAAAAGUGUUCAAUAGGCCUUCCAAGUUAGAGAGACAUAGACGCACACACUCGAAAACACCAAAGGUGCCUCAUCAGUGCUCAUACUGCAUAAAGACAUUCAGUAAACUUAACAAACUUGUCCGUCACAUGCGUAUGCACACUGGGGAAAAGCCUUUCACCUGCUCUGUCUGCGGAAAAGGAUUUUCUGAGGCAGGACACUGCAAAGCGCAUGAAAAAACGCACGAGGAGCAGCCAGAAAAACCUCACUGCUGCGCAGACUGUGGAAUGUGUUUCUUCAAGGCCUCAGAGCUCCGUCGACACUUUCGCUCUCACACAGGAGAGAAACCUUUCAGAUGCACCUUGUGUGAGAGCCGCUUCUCCCGCUCGGAGGGACUUAAAAGACACAUGAGGAGCCACACAGGAGAAAGACCAUACAAAUGCAUUAUAUGCGGAAAAGGAUUUUAUUCUCGUCAGGAUAUGAAUGUUCAUGGAUUGACCCACUCAGGAGAGAAACCUCAUCUUUGCCCUGUGUGUGGUAAAGGCUUUUCGCAGCUGGGCAACAUGAAAGAACAUGAACAAAAUGUUCAUAUUAAGGCCGAGAAAUAUAUUUGCAAUGAAUGUGGGGCAACUUUCACACGGUACAAGUCACUGACAAAGCAUCAGCGGACACACACAGGAGAAAGACCCUAUCUGUGCCUCAUCUGUGGUCGUAGGUUUUCUUGGAGCCAUUCUCUUAGCAGACACCAGAGGACACACACACACAGACAGAUGUCUAUGGACACACCUAAAGACAUAAUAAGUUUUGAAGGACCCUGUGAGAAUCCCAGCAGCGAAAAGUAGCGACAAAGUCCUUAGAGAAAGCACAAUUCAUUUUUAAGUAGUGUUUCUGGAGAGAGGAACUGACAAAUUGAAUUUACUCAUUAGUAUUGCAUUGACAACAAAUUUUCACCUUCUGAGAUGAUUUUAUUCACUACUGGCUUUUUAAUUUGUCCAUUAGAAAUUCUUAUUACAGGACAACAGAUUAUAUAAUUUUCUCUUAAAAUUAUUUAUUGAUCAAAUCCAAAAGGUAAACCUUCUGACAAGCGUUGUUAAUCUCAUAUACUGACAGUUAAAAUCCAUACUGUGCCUAAAAAAAUUACUAUCUAAACUGGAUGGAUGUGGAUUAGCUCUGAUCAAAUUCUCCUUUUAUGACAGAUUUGGACUUGCAUUUGGAUAAACAGCUUGAAAGAAUUUACAGAAAGAUUUGUUACAAGCAAAGUUGACUUGCCCUUUCAGAUUGCCUGAAAUUGUGGUUUACCAUUCAGCCAAAUUAGUACAAAUUGACACUUGGUGCACUCCAAUCCGUGGAUCAUUCAAUCUUUUUGUAUUCAGUUGAGAAAGAGGGGAAAAAAGUUAUUUUAAUAUUCAUUUAUGAAUCCAAUACAGCAAACAACACCAACAACUUGUUUCGCUCUCUCUUUUUUUUUUUUUUGUUGAAGUCUAAAAUGGGAAAUGAAGAAACAAACCAUUGACUUGGAUUUUAAUGUUUAGUUUGUCUGGUUUGUGUUAUCAAAUAUAAACUUUUGCGAAAGACAAAAGCUAUAAAGCUACCAUGCAUAAAAGUCAUACAGAUCAGAUUGCAACAUUGUGUGCAACACACAAAAAGGCAAUAACUUCCUGGUUACAUAGCUCAACAGAUCAAACAUCAAGAACAAUUUUGGUUAUUCAUUUCUUUCUUUUGACAUGAGCAUAAAAUCAAAAGCAUGAAAAACCUGACAUUUUUGUUGUUGUUGAAUUCAUAACAACAAUAGUGAUACAUUUUUUAAAUUUUCCAAUUUUGGAUUCUGCGUAGAACCUGACUACAAGGAAUAAUAUACGGAUUCAGUACGGUACAUACUACGAGGUAGCUUAGUGAUUUUGUUACUGCAAUUAACUGAAAAAGAUUUGACUUUAAAAAACUGCCAAAAGACUCUUUUUAUAUUUCCAUCAAAUUGUUAUAAUUUUUGUUAACUGAUUAGUGACUCCUGCAAUGUUCUCUAUGCAGGUAGGCUAUAUCACCACUUGCCACAGAACACCUGCUGUGAUUCCGUUGCUUACAGGGGAGUGUAAGUGAUUAAAUGUGUGCAGUAGUAGUUUUCUUCUUCUAUGAGUUGUGUAAAAUUGAAAUAAAUGAAUUUUAAACUUUAAAAAAAAAA